AGAAGCUCUUCUUGUGAAGAAACCCGGGCUACUUCCGGGAGUCGCGCGCCGCACGGCCGGAAAUAAGCAUCGGAGUCCCAAUCGCGACGCCGGACAAGACGACGUUGUUUCGGGCGGAGGUGGUCCCUUCGGAGGACCACGGCAGGCGGAGCAUCAUGCUGAGCAAUCCGCGGGUCCUCGUCCUGGACCGACGCCACACUUGAUCUUACCUCCAGGGCAGGUGGCUGAAGGUAUGGAGAGGAAAAAGUUUAUCACAGUCACUAAUUUGCAGGGUUUGCAUUACAAAUUUUCUUAGCAUCACAAAUUUUCCUUGUAUUGCAGAAACACUAGUAGGGAAAUCCCUAAUAAAGUUUGGCUGUGAUGCAUUUUUACGCAUGACAAACAGUUUUGUAUUGCAAAAAUGCGCAUGUGUGAUCGUGACGAACUUUUUUUGUUUGAUAGAAGGAGCCGUUGUUCCAACACCGUCUACUGUUGGCACCAACCUCUUCCUAUCAAAUGUAAAAAUGUCUGGGUCUGGAAGGUUGGAACUUGUGAUGCUAACUUUGGAUGCUAAAAAAAUCUGUAUUGCAUGACCAGCAAGAGGAGCCCAGUUUGUGCUACGCGGGGAGGGCAUUUGUCAUGCGGGAUAGGCAUCAAGAAGGCCUCGAAAAAUAUGUGAUGCUAGAUCAUGCAUUACAGACAUCCUGACUCAUGCAAAAUAUGCAUGACAAACCUUGUAACCUUCCAGACCCAGACACUUUUACAUUUGAUACUUCCAAUCCGUCGUGGGGAAGCGCAUCCAGCAUUACUCGCACUUAUCACAAGGAAAAAUCCCCCCUCCCCAUAUCAAAACAGAAUUUCUCAUGCUGGAUUUCCAUACACAAAUCAGAUUUGUCUUGCAGUAGAGGAGUGCAGGCAUAUGCCAAGCCUCAGUCGAGAGGUUUUGACGUAGGCGCCUAGCAUGGCAAACGUGUAUGCUCUAAGCCAAACAGCAUCACAAACCGCCUGCAAAAUGCGGAACGCUUUCUAGGCUUGCCUUCUUGCAAGACAGGCAGGAUUUGAGGUCGCAAAUGCGCAUCACAAAUUUUCAGACGGAUACGCUUUCGAUAUGGGGAGGGGGGAUUUUUCCUUUUGAUAGCACUUCUUCUGCAACUCCGCUUACUUGGGUCAGCAGUACAUCGAGGUGCUGCAUAAUUCCCUCAAUAGGCCGUUUCAGACAUCAACCACUUCUAGCGCCGGCGACGUCCACAAUGCCCCGACCACCUUGGAAGUAGAUGCCUUCCGGGUGUUUGACCGGAGGCGCAGACAGGACUUUGUAAUCGCCGUCCUGGAGACAACCAUCGCGAAGUUUGGGCAAGGGAGCCCGCAGGUGCUGGCGAUUCUGCGCUCGCUCAGUACUACUAGUAACAACAGCGAGGAGGUGAUGUCCGCCGGCGGGGAGGACGGCACCACCUUGAUGAACAACGCCGGCACCACAGGCGGUUGUGGUACAACUGAGCCUCCUGUGCCGGCGAUCAACGAUAAUUCCCC